AGUUAAUCUAUUAAACUUUUAUUAAAAUAGUUUAUUAUAAUACCUACUUACUUAAAAUAUAAACAUAAUUAUGGUUUGCCAAAAAGUAAUUUUUGCAGCUUUACUGAUCGUUUGUGCUUCGGCUGUAUCUUUAAAUAAAUUGGGGGCAGUAGUCACAAUUCAAGCUACAAACAACACUCAAGUUCCAAGCAUUACAUACACGGUCAAUGCCGUAGAAUGUCUUAAAGAAGCCUAUGAAAUCUACGCCGAUGAAGCUUUAGUUGGUGAAGCUUAUUUGGAACUGUUUCAAGCUAAACACCCAGGAAACUGGAGUGUAGCUAUUGGAUAUACCACCAUCAUUUCCAAGUCCGACAUUUUUGUUGAAACCAUGAUCAGUGGCGGAGCGAAAGAUUAUAAAUUAACCUCCGAUAAAAAGGGAACAUUAGUCAGAAUUUUUAACUAAAUAUUUUUUUAAUACUUUAAUUUAUGUAUGUUCUAUUAUCGAAUCACUUAAUGUGUACUAUAGCAGUUAUAAAAAAUCUUUUAAAUGUUUUAAGGCCACCUUUAUAGCUCAAUAAACAAAUU